AUGGCGACAACAUCUAUUAUUACGACUACUUCAGUGCAGCAAACAAUUAUCGACCACAUAGUCAGCACCAUGUCUGAAUACGACAAAAAGAUGUUACGCGAUCCUCCAUAUAAAUUACUCCUAUCUAUGGAUAAGCUUCUUGCACCUGCAAAAAAAACGCGUAAAAAUAAAGAAGAUAUGAAUAGCCCUCGACAACAAAACAAAUUCAUCAUCUUCCGUAAAGACUACGAAGCAAAACUGCGUCUACUUAAUCCAAAUACCACAUAUAAAUUCCAGGAUAUUUCUAAAGAAUGCGGCGCUGAAUGGAGAUUGCAGCCUAGUGAAGUCAAGAAAUACUUUGAUUUGCUACAAAGAAUCGCUUUUAAGAAACAUAAACUAAUGUAUCCCAAUUAUAAAUAUAGUCCAAAGAAAAAAGAAUCUGUAUCUCUCACGAAUCCUUCUUCUAUCGAUGUUUCUUUAUCCUCUUCCUCUAAUUCGGCUACAAUGGACUUAGCCGAGUCUAGUACUAUUUUUGAUUUCAGUUUACCGCAAUCAUAUCAAUGUACUCCGAUUGACACGUUGUUUGCCAGACAAUUAGAUUUUCAUUUAAAUGGACUUAUGCCCUUUAUAACUGCAUCUUCUCUUACUCAAGGUCCAAUAACUAUGCCAGAAGAUUUAUCCGUAAAUUUUGAUACAUCAAUAGCAUCUUUAUCUUCAAAUGGAUUGAAUUCCGACCACAGUAAUUUCGUUGAUGCACUAGGAAGUACAUGUACCACAAACAAUGAUCUUCAAGACUUUGCUCUCAACUUUUCUGAUACAUUUAACGAGAUUAUCUCAUUGGAUCAAUUAGAUGUUUCUCAAACCAAUAAUCCAUUGAAUUGUGCUGAGAUAGACGAAUUUGUAUUUGCAGACUCAAAAGAAUCUUUUGAAUCUAAUAUCAAAGAUAAUACUAUUAAUAACUUGAUCCCUUCACCGAUAAAUCCAUUUACAAUUAUCACAACUACAAAUAACCUAACCACUAACACAAAUCCUUCAAUGUUCCAAAUAUCUCGUUAA